AUGUCUGAAUCAGAAUCGGACCCAGAUUUAACUUUGGAGCGUUACGAUUUAGAGGACGAUCUAAAUAUGUACGGGUCGCCAGUUUGUAUAUCGCCAAGGGAAGAACUAACCGGCGUCGAAGCCGCAGCGGUUGAACCCUUGAAUGAACCAACUUUGGCCGCCGACGAUGAUAGAACACAGGUUAGUUUACCUUUUUUUUCACCAGUUGUUUCAGUAACAAAUAACUGUAUACUUGCAGACUUGUAUUUACGCAACAAAUUCCUGUUAAUUUCAGCGCUGUAGCUGCAAAAACACGUGCAGCAAGCGAAGCGGCAGAAAGAAGCGAGGUUGUCCUUGCCGGGAUGAAGGUGUCAAAUGCACAGAAAGAUGUUCAUGUGGAACUAAAACGGCUAAUUGCAAAAACAAGACACAGGAACAGGGAACAUUUGCCUCGGCAAGUGCAGGAAAAAACGCAUUUGAACGUCACGAGAUCGCAGUCAACGAAGCAAAAGAACAGAUUACGGUGAGCACGUGCAUUUUUUAUCUCAGAGUUACAAUAUUGUAAGAUUUCUCACAAGCAUAAAGUGUCCGAAUACUUUAUAUGAAUUUUUUACGGCAAUCGAACCCGCAACGUUGUGAAGCCACAGUAGAUAUGCAUGUAUGAUACAGCAAUCUAUUUUACUUAUACCUUUUGUAGCCUCAAAAAUGUUGCAGUUGCACGUUUUGUACUGGAAGAAACACAUUUUCAACCGAUAAUUUUCCUGUUAUAAGCGCUGGUUGCCUGGUUUUAUAUCAUUACAGAUUGCCUUUGUUCUCGCAUUAUGUAUGUUCAAAUAUGAUCUGCAUACUGAUUACGUUUAUACCUUUGAACCUGGGAUAUAGUUUAAUAUUUAGGAAUAGAAUAUUUCAGUAAGGAAUAUAUCAGGUUAUUUGAUUAUGAAACCUAGUAUAGAAUAACUUCUAUCCAUUUAAUUUUAAUAUGCAAAAGUGCGUAACCAUGCAAAUAUAAAUUGUUUUUGUAUUUCCAGGAAUUCAUCACAACAUUGACUGUUGAUCAAAAGGACAAAGUACUACUGGAACUUUUGACCAAUGGAAAGGGUAGUCUAGAUUACGCCAAAAAUAUAGUGGAAUUCGGCGGCAUCCCCCCUGAAAUCCCAGAUAUAAGGCCACCCUGGUGCAAAUGUGGGGUAUGCCGGCCUAUGCCCACUGAUGAAGAAAACAAGUGUUGUGGUAAAAUCAGGUGUCUAACAUCAUAUGUAACAUUCAGAAACACAUGUACAGACAGAGAGGUUUUAGUCAUGGCCAUCAGAUCAAGGUGUGACAUUAGGGCUGAAGAACCAGAUUACUCAACAAACCGCUACAGAAAGGCUGCAUAUCGCCAGUACAUUCUCUGGCGAUACAAAAAGCUGGGAAAGGGUAAUAGAAAGGUGUGUCCAUCAUGUGUAGUCUUGGCAAUCAGGCUCAUAUAUCCUGCAAAUGAUGGGGUAUACAUGGGCUUCAAGAGAGCUUGA